UCAUUUAUCUCCAGGAUGAAGAUGGGAGACGUGAUUCGGCGUUUACAGAUUAAUGUCAUCGUCGUGGUGGCCGUACUCUCAGCGUUCUCCCAGGCUCUGCCAGAAACGCCGGCCACGUGCUCCGUGAUACAGGGGCUUCCAGGUCUUAACGGCAGAGACGGAAGGGAUGGAGUUCAUGGCCACAAAGGAGACCCAGGAUCUCCUGGUCAGCCUGGAAGUCCGGGCAUGAGAGGUGCCGCUGGACCCCCUGGGAAAACCGGACCAAAAGGGGAGCAAGGAGGUAACGGGAUUGCAGGUCUGAAAGGGUCAAAAGGAGAUAAAGGAGACACAGAUGUAAAGACAGCAGAAAAAGUAUCCACCUUAGAAGGAAAAGUCGCUCUUUUAGAAAAAACUUUCCGUUUCCUAAGGCGAUCGGUCCAGUAUUCUCUAAAAGGCGCAAAAGUAUCUGGGGACAAAGUUUAUGUCCCUAUAGAUUUAACAGCAGAUUAUUCCGGGGCUCAAGCCGCUUGUGAAAGAGAGGGUGGAACUUUACCCACGCCGACCAACAGCGCUGAGGAUGCCGUGAUCCAUGAGAUUACAAAGGAAUUAAACAUUUUUUUGUUUCUAGGGAUAAACGAUAGGAAAGAGGAGGGCGUAUUUAUGUACCUAGAUGGGAAAAAAAUCCAUUAUAGUAAUUGGCGUCCAAAUGAACCCAAUGGAAAUACGGCUGAAAACUGUGCAGAAAUAAGACCUCACACUAGCGGCUGGAAUGACAGGGAUUGUAAUGCAAAGCACAGAGUAGUGUGUGAAUUCUGAAAAAACGAAAUAAAAUCUGUACAUUUAUCUU